CUUAGAUAAUAAGACUAAAUAUAGAUUUUAAAAAUCCGAGAUUUUAGAAUAAGGUCAUGUUAUAUACAGACUACUCUUUUGAAUUAUCAUGGAAAAGGGAAGAAUGAACAUAGAAGACGAAGGAAGACUUCAGUCAAAUAUACUUUACCUGAAAGACAACGUAAAUCCUGACGAUGUAAUAGAUCAUCUAUUACAAAAUUAUGUGAUCACUUUUGAUCAGCAUGGUGAUUUGAAAAGUGAAAAGACAGCCUCGGACAAAAUGGAUAAAUUGAUUAAAGUUUUGAGAUUUGCGGGAACAAACUCGUACAGGAAAUUUGUGGACUGUUUACACAACAGUGGAUAUCCACAUGUAGCAAAUACGCUCUUGUCAGAUACAACAGCAACGAAUGUGAAGCCAGAAACAAUUACAAAUGUAAACGAUACCGGAAAAUAUGCUACUGAAAACGAGGAAAAUUUACACAAAGUCAGAUCAAAGUACAACAACACCAACAACUCGCAAAAACUACAGGCAAACUCUGAUGAUUUGAAUGUUACAGACGGACCUGUCAAACCAGAUCAAAUUGCCAGUUGUACAUCUGCUGAAGCAGCGGCAGCAGAUACUCCUGAAGAAACGGAUUAUGAUGAAAUUCCAUCAGAGGAUGAACAUAGUGAAGAUCUGGAAGCAGAAUACGAUACUCCCCAAUUUACAGACUCAACUGAACUAUGUCUGCGGAUUCCAUUUAAAGACGGCAAGUUGGAAGAAUCGUCCCAUUUUAAUUACUACAAAACAUACACAGAGCUUUUGUCUCUCCCGGGAUGGUGCCCACGAAUAAAUGACACGAAUCACAACAAAGUAGUGAACUCUCUGAAAAAUGAGGAAUUUUUCAUAUGGUAUAGCAAACAGAAAGAAGCUUUUAUUAUUACUCUGAGAACCAACUUGCACCAAGAGGGUUGUAUUUAUGUCAAAGUGAAAACAAGGACGGAUGGAACUGAUAAUUUAUACAGAGUAUCAAAAGAAAACGAAUUUAAAUCACUUUUAGAACUGUUUAAACAUUACAUUCAUAAAGGUUUACCGACAAAGUUCAUUAAAAAAUAAAAUAUUAACGAAACUUG